AUGCUGUCCCGCAACUCUGCCCGCACUGCCCAGCGCCUCCUUAGGGCCGCUGCCCAACCCCAGCAACGUCUCAACGUUGCGCGCACCUUUGCUAGCGUCAGCGACACCCCCGCGCAAUCCCUCCAGUCCGACCUCUUCAAGCCCACCAAGUACGGUGGCAAGUACACCGUCACCCUCAUCCCCGGAGACGGCAUUGGCGCCGAGGUUGCCGAGAGUGUCAAGGCCAUCUUCAAGGCGGACAAUGUGCCCAUCACAUGGGAGCAGAUCGAGGUGUCAGGUCUGCAGGACGCAACCCCCACGGGCCGCACAGAGGAGAAGUUCCAGGAAGCCGUUGCUUCGCUCAGGCGAAACAAGCUAGGUCUGAAGGGCAUUCUGCACACCCCCAUCACCCGGUCCGGCCACCAGAGCUUCAACGUCGCCCUGCGCCAGGAGCUCGACAUCUAUGCCUCGGUCUCGCUGGUCAAGAACAUCCCCGGCCUGAAGACGCGCCAUGACAACAUCGACCUCUGCAUCAUCCGUGAGAACACCGAGGGCGAGUACAGUGGUCUCGAGCACCAGAGCGUUCCCGGCGUCGUCGAGUCGCUCAAGAUCAUCACCCGGGCCAAGUCGGAGCGCAUCGCCAAGUUCGCCUUCAGCUUCGCCCUUGCCAACAACCGCAAGAAGGUCACCUGCAUCCACAAGGCCAACAUCAUGAAGCUGGCCGACGGUCUCUUCCGCGGCACCUUCAACAGGCUGGCCAAGGACUACCCGCAGCUGGAAUGCACUGACAUGAUCGUCGACAACGCCUCUAUGCAGUGCGUCGGCCGGCCCCAGCAGUUCGACGUCAUGGUCAUGCCUAACCUGUACGGUGGCAUCCUGUCCAACAUUGCCGCCGCGCUUGUUGGCGGCCCCGGCGUCGUUCCAGGGUGCAACAUGGGCCGUGACGUCGCCGUCUUCGAGCCUGGUUGCAGGCACGUCGGUCUUGACAUCAAGGGCAAGGACCAGGCCAACCCCACCGCCCUUCUCCUCAGUGGCACCAUGCUGUUGCGUCACCUCGGCCUUGAUGACCACGCUAACCGCAUCUCCAACGCCGUCUACGACGUGAUUGCUCAGGGCAAUGUCCGGACCCCCGACAUGGGCGGCCAGGCCACCAACCAAGAAUUCACCCGGGCCAUUCUCAGCUCGAUGGAGAAGGCUCUCUAA